CAUUGACAAGUUGCGGGAAAUUUUGAGCGCAAAAAAGAGAGUAGGCAUAAUAUUUUGUAGAUCUUUGCGUUGUUGCAUAAAUUUCAGGAACAAUAAGGUUAUUAUACCGUGAGGGGAGUCCAGCCAUAUACAUAGAUAGUAAAGAUGCAAAGGACAGCGAGAAUGAAGAAAGAAAUCCAGAUGCUGACAGAAUCUCCUCCUUACGGUAUAUCCUGCUGGCCAAACGGGGAUAGUAUUGAUCGCCUUGAAGCAAUUAUUUUAGGUGGUGAGGACACACCGUACAGUGGUGGGGUUUUCAAGUUAGAAAUACAGAUCCCCGACAGGUACCCAUUUGAACCACCAAAAGUGAGGUUUAUGACACCUAUAUAUCAUCCAAAUGUUGACACUGGAGGAAGGAUUUGUCUAGAUACGCUCAAAAUGCCACCGAAGGGAGCAUGGAAGCCAUGUUUAAACAUCAGCACAGUCCUGACAUCUGUACAGCUUCUGAUGGCAGAACCAAACCCAGAGGACCCUCUUAUGACAGAUAUUUCAAAUGAGUUUAAACACAACAGAGCUCUGUUUGAGAUGAAUGCAAGAAAAUGGACUGAAAAACAUGCAAAACAGGAAGAAUCAGAAGCUCUGGCUGGUCCAGCAAAAGGAAGCAUGGACAAUCAAAAUGUGUCUGAUAAAAGUGAUGUGCAAUCUAAAGACAUUAAAUCUAGUGAAUCAUUGGAUAGAAAGAGAACGUUACCUAUGGAUGAUGUGACAAAUAAACAGUCUAAGCUGUUAUAGAAUACAAAUAUAGAGAUUUUUAUGAAAAAAUAAAAAAUAGAUGUUAAAGGGGUACAUCUCCAGACUUGUGUCAACUUUUUCAAAAUUUAGCAUUCAUUACGGAGUAACUGUUGUUAAUUUUUGUAUCUCUUAUUAUAUGCUUAUAAUAUGCUUGGAUAGACAGCAAACUUGUUUGUCAUUAAGAAUUCACACUUGUUGUAUAUACUUUUAGAGAUAAUACUUCAAACUUGGUAAUAGAGUUUUGAAUUCACA